AGGAUGCCAGGUGUGGUAAAAGACAAACAAAAAACAGAAGAGAAGGAAGGGGGAAAUACUGGAAUAAAAAACCAAAGAGUAAAAGCAGUUUUCUUGGGUCCGUCGCUGACUGGACUGAAACGAGACCAUUGUGUGGAUCCAUUACUAAUAAGGGGACAUCAGGACUACGAAACAGCAAGGAGUAAAGAUGUCGGAGGUCCCUAAUAUUGAACUCUUUGUCAAGGCCAGUGUUGAUGCUGACAGUGUGGGGAACUGUCCUUUUUCUCAAAGACUCUUCAUGAUUCUUUGGUUAAAAGGCAUCAAAUUUCGCCUCACCACUGUGGACAUGAAGAGGGCACCCGAUGUGCUGAAGGCUCUGGCUCCGGGCUCUCAGCCUCCGUUCCUCCUCUACAACGAUGAGGUCAAAACAGACACUAACAAGAUUGAGGAGUUCCUGGAAGAGAAGUUAGCUCCACCAGAGUAUCCAAAGUUGGGCUGCCGAUACAAAGAGUCCAUCGGUGCCGGAGAAGACAUCUUCCGGAAUUUCUCAGGAUAUGUAAAAAAUCCUAAUCCUGCAUUAAAUGACAGGAUAGAGAAAAAAUUUCUUUCCACUCUGGUUAAGCUGAACAUGUACCUGGAGACUCCUCUCCCCUAUGAGCUGGACCAGAAGCCAAACGCCACGGAGUCUUCACGCCUCUACCUGGACGGUGACACCCUCACCUUGGCAGACUGCAACUUGCUGCCCAAACUCAACAUUGUCAAGGUGGUGUGCAAGCAGUACCGCGACUUUGCCAUCCCGAAAGAGCUGAAAGGUCUGACACGUUACCUGAGUAAUGCCUACAAAAAAGAUGAGUUUCGUUACACCUGCCCAAAGGACUCAGAGAUCCUCAUGGCCUACCAAUCGGUCGCUAAGUACCUAAACAAAUAACAGAUCAAGAGGAAGAGAGAAAGCAGUGUAAGUGAUAACCAACAAGCAUAGAGAGAGAAAUGUGGAAAACCACAGAGAAAAGUUAACAAACUGUAGGGGAGAAAUGGGUUUAUUGUGAAUUGUGCAUCAUCAAAAUCUUUCAACAGUUAUUCUUACAUUAAAUUGAAGCUUAAGGCGUUGGCAUGAAAUGUGUAUCCCUCCCAUUUACCAUCCUUAAUGUAACAAAAAGGUGAUUAACUACCAAAGACAUGCUGACACAUUGUGACAACCAACCACAUGACGAGGAUGGUUGUCACAUACUGUGGAGUUUAUUGUCACAAUAAUAUUACAAUGGUUAAACCUUAAAAAGAAGCCAAGAAGGGAGGAGGAAGAAACAUGGACAGUAAUCACAUCUUUAUGGCAGCAUUAACAACAACAUUAAGAACAAAACAAAUAUUCCUCACAAUAACAGCCUACUCUACUGGGGCUAACUCAUUUACUACCUGAGUUACAGUGAAGGCAAAUGUAUGGUCUGCACACUCCUCCUAAGCAGAGCUUGUGCGCCCACUUUAACACAGCAGUUAAAUUGGGGUCCCAUGUGACAAAGAGAAUAUGAAAUAACCCACACUGAAAUUUCUUGCUAAUAUCAAGGUGAACAUCCAACUAACAACUACUUAGACAAAUAAAACUACUGCUUUCCCUGCACCCUUUAUAAGGAAACAAAGUGUUUUGUUAUAAACCCAUUGUGUAAGAGUCUAGAAGACAAAUACUGAGGAGGGGAAAAUAAUCUAUUUGACAUAAAGAAAACCAAAAGUCCUCUCACCUUGACUUUAGCCGCCUUACUCCAUAGAAGACUACGCAAGCUGUAAUUCCAAUUCCUGACAAUUCCAUACCAACAUUUGAGAAAAGGCGCCUUUUGGUGGCGAGAUAUAAUGAAUGUGACAAGCAUCCCCGUUCUCCCCUACAGGAUUUAUCUUUGAUUUGUGGCUGGAUGGGAGUCUGUAUAGUGAAAGCUUAUUGGUGUUUAAUGUCAUGCUAAAUAAUUUCCAUUCAUACCAUGUAUUUUUUGUUUUCAAUUGGGUUUUAAUUUGCCAACUGCUUCUUCAAAGCUACUUACAGCUUGUAUGUGUUGCAUACUCUGGCUGUACCGCUAUAGAUUGCAUAUUUAACCCUAGUAAGAGUACAAAAGCAGUGUAAAUCCCUGAGAUUGUUUAUAUUGUAUCGUGUUGUGCAUGCAUAUUUUGUGUCCAAGCAAAUGCAUGAUGUUGAUUGCAAUUUAUUGAUGACAUUAAAUCAUGUGUGACUUUAGAUUACGUAUCUAAUGUUUAAAAAAUGACUACUGUACAUAAGGCCUGCCUAGAAGCUAUUCUUAGCCUUCAAAGUGCCUUCAAAUGGUACGUUCUUGAACAAACAAGAAACAUUUUUUCUCUUCCUGAAAAUGAGUUAACAUCUUUAAUCAUUUAUCUCACUCCAUCCCGUUUUACCAUUUUGAGUGUGUAAAUGACACAAUGAAUGAAUAUACAGUACCAGUUUGGUUGGUACUGUAUCUCAGUAUAGACUCAGCUACAUUUAACAUUGACAUAAAUCGAAUCUAAGUGAAUUACAUGAGCAAAAACAAAAACAACGUACAUGUAAAUGUCAGUAAGGGUGCAAUAUGAUGUGUGUAAGAAUAGUAAGUA